AUGGACAGAAGCAAGCAAACUCUUUAUGAUACACAUAUCAACAUGUAUCCACCACCCAAGGCUGGGAACGGUUAUCAGCGGACUACCGCGAAUACUUCGUCACGAACUGUACCUUAUCCGGUUGAAGACGCGCAGCAACCUAUGAGCCCAAUACCGCUGCAGUCAGCGGUUACCUCACAGUCUAUAAAAUCUAAUUCUACACAGGGCACUUUGUCAAGAAUAGCGACGCCCACUAAUUCACGUUACGAUCAACCUUUCACAUUUCAGAAUCCUCCACCCGCGACGUUCUCCACAGAUUCUUUAAACAACAGGGAUAUUGCAAACAAUAGCUCUGUAGACACAUUUCAAAGCGCCAGCGAUGUUUCAGUGUCCGCAGCUCCUCCCCCACCGUAUCUCGAAAGCGAAAACUCAGGCGAAACACCACGCUUCCUGCAGGAAAAACUGUACCGAAAGUUCAGCGAUCUAGGAGAAACGGCAGCAACUUCCAACAAACCCGAAAGUAAGUCAAAGACUGUCAAAACUGAUUUGUCGCAGUUUUCCGAGACUGCACAACUUUUCCACAGUGUUUAUGAAGCAACCAUAAGGGACUCACCAAAGUUUACACCCGCAAUACAAAUGAAAUGGUGCGAGACCUUGCUCCAAUACGCUUUUAUCGAUGAAUUUGUAUCAAACUACACUAUCAAUGCGGAUAAGCUGAAAAGGACUCUAACAUCAGAGGAAGCACUGAAAAACCAGAAAAUUAUUCUAGAGCAUGCUUUGAAAGUCCUUACAAAACUAAUCACCAUGGAUUACGGGCCUGCUUUAUAUCUCAUGGCGACCUUCUAUUCACACCAACCCUACCUGGAGGUAAAAAUGAACUCUGUUAUUGCUCGCAAUGAUGUGAAAGCUCUGGACUACUACGGCAGGGCUGCAGCUCUCGAUGUCAGCGAUGCCUGCUUUAGAGCAGGCGUUUGCUAUGAGUAUCAACGCGGAACACCUUCCGAUUGGAGCAGGCUACAGUCGAUGCGGAAGGCUAUAAGCUAUUACGAAAAAGGUGCGUUGAACAGUAAGCAUGUGGCUUGCAUGUACAAGUUAGGAAUGUUCUGUCUUCACGGAGUCAAAAAUGAAAACGAUGGCGCUUUACUCCUACCACAAGACGUUAUUGCAGCGAUUGGCUGGUUCAAAAGAGCAGUUCGCAAUGACGAAAAAAUGGGCCACGCCAGUGGAAAAAAUGGCGCUUCAGCGGAUGUCAAAAGCCCCAGCUCCAGCUCCAGCUCCAGCAGUCUGCCCACCACCGUCGGAACUGCUGCAAAGGAGGACCUAGUAUCUCCGCAGGCGAUGUACGAGCUGGCCAAGAUAUACGAAUUUGAUAACCUGGCACCUGCAUUGCGAGACGCACUGGCCGCGGCAGGCGUGUCGCGGAAUCCAACGCUCGCACUACAAUAUCACCACCGCUGUGCAACUUGCUACUCAUAUCCGCUGGCCCAGUGGCGACUGGGCCAGUGCUACGAGUUUGGCCAUCUGAAUCUCCCGGUCGUCGCCAACAAAUCUAUAGCCUGGUACGCCAAGGCCGCCAUGGCAAAGCCCAGGGGCAACCCCAUGGCCAUGAUGGCUUUAAGCGGGUGGUAUCUCACCGGCGUUACCGGUGUGCUGAAGCCUAACAAGCACGAAGCCUUCAAUUGGGCCCGCAAGGCGUGCCUUGCGUCAGACGGUAAGCUUGCGAGGGCCGAGUACGCGCUGGGCUUCUUUUACGAAAACGGGUUCGGGUGCACGGUUAAUACAGAUAAUGCCAUUGACCACUACACUAAGGCCGCUCAAGCUGGCCACCAAAAGGCCCAAGACCGUCUACGCAGCGCCCAUCAGUGGAGGAUUGGAUGA